GGAAACCGAGUCAGUGCACGUGGCCGGGCGGGGAGGAGUGACCGGCAGAGCCGCCGGUAGCUGCAAGAUGGCCCCUCCGUCCCCAGUCGCCAACACCCGAGUCUUCUUCGACGUGGACAUCGGAGGCGAACGCGUUGGUCGAAUUGUCUUAGAAUUGUUUGCAGAUGUUGUGCCCAAAACUGCUGAAAAUUUCCGUGCACUAUGUACAGGAGAAAAAGGGAUAGGGCCUACCACUGGAAAGCCUCUUCAUUAUAAAGGAUGCCCUUUCCAUAGAAUUAUUAAGAAAUUCAUGAUCCAGGGUGGAGACUUCUCAAAUCAGAAUGGCACAGGUGGAGAAAGUAUAUAUGGAGAAAAAUUUGAAGAUGAAAACUUUCAUUAUAAGUGUCCUCAUCUGCUAUGGGCUUCGAUGUAUGAGGGACUUGAGGGAGGGUGGUGGCAGUCCAACCUUUUUGCCCUCAUACUAGAGCACAAGGAGCCACAAGUCAUACAGCAUGAUCAGGCAGGGCUGCUGAGCAUGGCAAAUGCAGGACCCAAUACAAAUGGCUCUCAGUUCUUUAUCACAACGGUGCCAACCCCUCACCUGGAUGGGAAACAUGUGGUGUUCGGCCGGGUGAUCAAAGGAAUGGGCGUUGCUAAAAUAUUAGAAAAUGUUGAAGUGAUUGGAGAAAAACCUGCACAGUUGUGCAUUAUUGCAGAAUGUGGAGAGCUAAAGGAAGGUGAUAACUGGGGAAUCUCCCCAAUGGAUGGCUCUGGAGAUACUCACCCAGAUUUCCCUGAAGAUUCAGAUGUAGAUUUAAAAGAUGUUGACAAGAUUGUGUCCAUAGCAGAAGACAUAAAGAAUAUAGGAAAUACUUUCUUCAAAUCACAGAACUGGGCAAUGGCAACUAAAAAGUACACUAAGGGCUUAAGGUACGUGGAGGCUUCUAAAGCCAUAGCGGAGGAGUCAGAUACAGCAAAGUUGAAUCCUGCUGCCUUGACCUGCCUUUUAAAUAUUGCUGCUUGUAAACUGAAGGUGUCAGACUGGCAGGGAGCUAUUGAAAGUUGUUGUGAGGCACUUGCACUAGAUCCAGCAAACACCAAAGCACUUUACAGGCGGGCUCAAGGCUGGCAGGGAAUAAGAGAUUUUGAUCAGGCACUGGCUGAUCUGAAGAAGGCUCAGGAGAUAACACCUGAAGAUAAAGCUAUCCAAACUGAAGCACUCAAGGUGAAACAGAAGAUAAAGGCCCAAAAAGAAAAGGAAAAAGCAGCUUAUGCUAAAAUGUUUGCUUGAGUGAAGGUUUUUUCCUGUUAAAGUUUAUGCACUGAAUGACUGACUUGUACCGUAAGAGUGUUUACAGAGGUGGUAGAGGCAAGUGUUACUUCUGUUAUCUGCCCCAUACUGCAAUCAAUUGAUUAUGUCCAAUAUUUAUUAUGAAACUCCAGUUUAAAUAGUAAAGUUAGAAGUUAAAAUGUUGG